UCGACCGGAAGUUUGCGUGACCUAGUUCCUCCAGAAGUCGUUUACUGGACCGUCUGAGUAGCAUACGACGUAAAGAAGACAGCGCAGACGAUACUAGAGAGCACGCGAGCGAUUUCUUGUUUUUCCGUAGCAACGGAUCGAAAGACAAUUAAGCUGCUCGGGAAAAAGCAAGCCUUCCCACGGUGCUAUUGACAUAAUUUUCCAUCCUGACAAAAUUGCGGCUCGCAAAGCAGCUUCCCAGUGAACGCGUUAGACGACCUGCUCCGUUCGCGAAACCAAGUCUAGCCUACAGUGAACCUCACACGGAGACCGCCGCUUAGGUGAAAAGAGCCGACCUCGGGACCACUCCACCUCGAGGAAGAAGAGAGCACCGGUCUCCCUCCCCCUCCCCCAUAGAGCACCCCUUUUCUGCCACAAGGCUUUGCCUAUUAAAUGCAGAAAUAAGGGCGUUUUAAAAAAACGUUUCAAUCAACGCAAGUGUCCACGGUUGCCGAAGGAACUUCAACCAUGGCGCUCCAGACUUCCAUUCUUCUGGCUCUCAUCUUGAUUGGUGGUUCACUUGGACAGUUUAGUAUGCAGCUAUAUUGGACGGACCCCAAUGUAACCGCAAUUCAAGGACGUGCGCCUGGCGACCCUAUUUCUAUAAUCCUGGAGAACUACCAGAACAUGCAAUACUUUGGCGUCCUGACCAUUGGAACCCCGCCCCAGUCUUUCAAGUUGAUCAUGGACACAGGCUCCAGUAACUUCUGGGUGCCGUCAAUAAACUGCGAUGAAAGCAUGCUCUGCCGCCACAGCUCAAAGUAUGACAGCAGCAAGUCCAGCACCUACACCAAAAACGGACGGUACAUCCGGAUCCGCUACAGUGGCGGUGUAGUGCGGGGCGUGACGAGCAUCGACAACGUGGGCGUCGGUCCGGCCACCGUGACGCAGUACAAGUUCGCCGAAAUGGAUCACGCCGACGGCAAGCUGUUCAAGACCGCAAAGUAUGACGGCAUCUUUGGUCUAGCAUACCCCAGAAUCUCGCAGAACGACCAGCUGCCACUAUUCGACGCCAUGGUGAGGCAAGGCAUCGUUCGACAGGCUGUCUUCUCAAUCUACAUGAGCAAGGAGCCCAGCGAGGAGAAUGGCGGGGAGAUCUACUUUGGAGGCAUCAACGCGGAACGUUACACGGGUGACUUCCAUUACGUGAACGUUAACCAGCAGACUUACUGGCAGAUCACCAUGGACAGCAUCGAAGUUGCAGGCACUAGGCUCUGUAUCGCUGGCUGCAACGCCGCAGUCGAUUCUGGAACAUCCUUUCUCAGCGGGCCCCGAGGAGAAGUACAAGAUCUGCACAGGGCUAUUGGAGCUACGCGCUUUGGUUCCGGAUACUACGAAGUCGACUGUAACCGAGUACCUAAUCUUCCAGCAAUCAUCUUCAGUUUGAACCAGAAAGCCUUUGCGCUGCAAGGAGAGGAAUACAUCAUAAAGAUCCCGAUCGAGGGCGGCACUGUUCGGUGCCUCACGCGCAUCUCCGAGUCGAAUGGCUCGGGAUCGCGACUAUGGGUCCUGGGUGCCGUGUUCAUGCGCAAGUACUACACCGUGUUCGACAGGAACCAGAACCGCGUUGGAUUCGCCACGGCAGUGUAGAUGCACGCCUUCGCCGCCAGUGUGAAAGGACAAGCCGAACUGCGGCGCUUUGUGGAGAGGCAAGGUGCUUCACCAAGCUGUCAGCCAAAUAAAAAUGUCAGCUCCC